UAUAGACAUAUUUUAUUCAGUAUAGAGAGGUAGCUCGCAAUGUCUUAGAUCUUUGGUAUAUCUUCAUCCUUUUUAAUUAUAGUGUUCAAAAGUUCCUGGGAAUGAAAACACAUAAUCAAUCAACGAUCUACCAUAGUUUCUCAGUUAGUUUCAUAUUCAGAUGCAUCAGAGUUCUCCUCAACAGAUCUAUUGCUCUUGCCUUAAACUAGACGACAUUUCUGGGUUUUCCCCCUCUCUUCUUCUAGGUUGUAUGUAAAACCAUAUAAUAAAAUCAUAUCGGAGAAAAAGAAAGAAAAAAUGUCAAGAAAACCUUGUUGUGUGGGAGAAGGGCUGAAGAAGGGCGCAUGGACCACCGAAGAAGACAAGAAACUCAUCUCUUACAUUCAUGAACAUGGUGAAGGAGGGUGGCGUGACAUUCCCCAAAAAGCUGGACUCAAACGAUGUGGAAAAAGUUGUAGAUUGCGUUGGGCUAACUAUCUGAAACCCGAUAUCAAGAGAGGAGAGUUUAGCUACGAGGAGGAGCAGAUUAUCAUCAUGCUUCACGCUUCCCGUGGCAACAAGUGGUCGGCGAUAGCGAGACAUUUGCCAAAAAGGACAGACAACGAGGUCAAGAACUAUUGGAACACGCAUCUCAAAAAACGUUUGCUCGAUCAGGGCAUCGAUCCCUUGACCCACAAGCCACUUGCUUCUAACCCUAAUCCGGCCACGCCUACGACAUCUGAAGGCCAAGAUGACUCAAAUCCGAACCUGGAUGAGCAGUCACAAUCUGGUUCGAUGUCUCCAAAGUCUCUUCCUAUUUCAUCAAGCUCUUGCAGUCUACAAAAGAUAAGCAACAGUGAUGAGACGCCGAGAAACAACGGUUCCUUGAGCUCCAAUAAAUGUCGUUUCAAGAAAUCGAGUUCCACAUCAAAACUGUUAAACAAAGUUGCAACUAAGGCGUCUUCCAUUGGCAAUAUGGUAUCAGCUUCCAUGGAAGGAUCCUUAAUUCGCUCAACAACAUUUUCUCCAUGUCUCAAUGAUGUCUUCUCCGAAACUAGUCAAUUUCAAAUGGACGAAUUUGCACCAUUCUCUCACUCAUCUGAUCAACACAUAACUGAUCAUAUGAAUGAAGAUAUCAACAUGGACUUUGAUCUCAGCAAUUCCGAAUUCAGUUUCUCGCAGUUUAUCGAGCAAUUUAGUAACAUUGAAGCCGAAGAAGCCAAUGCCAUUGGAGGAUAUAACCAAGAUCUCUUAUUGUCUGAUGUCUCAUCAACAAGCGUUGAUGAAGACAAUAUGAUGCAAAACAUUACCGGUUGGUCCAACUAUCUU